GCAGUCUUUCUUUUGCUUCUCUGAGGAAACUGUCUUUCUCUUCUCCCUGCCUGUCUCCCCUUCCUGCUCGCUGCAUGGCCAUGACCCCGGUGGACACCUUGAUCUCCUUGCCCACGUAGAGAAGAGGAGAGAAACGCUGUAGCGGAGGAGGGAUAGACAAGAAGAGGGGACACCGCACACUUUGCCUCACUGAUGAGAGUCUGGAAAUUAAUUAACCGCCAUCGGCACAGAGGGGGGAGCGCAGAAAGGGGCACAGUGUGAGGUGGAGGAAGAGAGGGAGUUGAGGAGGGUGAAUUGCUAGAUAUGUGAAGAAUGGGCUGUGGAGAGAGGCAGAGUAAACCCUAGAUACUUUUCAGAGAGAAAGGGACAAGUUAGGGCAGAGGUAAAAAGAAGCGAGGAGGAAAUUAGGCAAGGCAGGAAUUCAACAGGGAUACUAAUUCAAAAAGCCAAAGAAUGGUCCGCUCACAUGCGUUAUUCAUCCCUUCAUGCCUCCGUUGUUUUUCAGUCUCCCUCUCACAUUCAUAACAUCACCUUUCCUGCUCAUCUUGUCUUGUUUAGUUCUUUCCUUUUUUUUUGCAUGUCAGCAAAAGCACAUCGACAGCCACGACCACAUGGACACUGCCGAGCACACUCAGACACGACAUAGACCUCAGCGCAGCAUUUCAUUCUCAGUGGAUGUGUUAUGUGUUACUGAGUAAAAGAAGUUGAUUGGCUGAAGCAGGGGUGCCAUUACCUCCCGGCCAAGAGCACCUGCUCAGGAAUUUCUCAUGAGAUCAGAACUGCGGCGCUGCAGGAUGGCCGAGGGUUGUAUGAUGGCCCUGCGUUAUGGAAUGGUCUUCUUCAACCUCCUUUUCUGGUUGGGAGGAUGUGGCAUACUGGGAGUGGGAGUCUGGCUCUCAGUGACCCAGGGUAACUUCGCCACGCUUUCAUCAUCCCUUCCCUCCCUGUCGGCAGCCAACCUGCUCAUCGCGGUGGGGACCAUCAUCAUGGUGAUUGGCUGUCUGGGCUGUGUUGGAGCUGUCAAAGAGAGCCGUCCUCUGCUAUUGACGUUCUUCAUCCUUCUUCUGCUUAUCUUCUUCCUGGAAAUUCUGUCCAUCAUGCUUUUCUUCAUCUACCAAGACGAGAUCGAUCACUACGCCCAGAGGGAUUUGAAGAAGGGCCUUCAGCUUUUCGGGACAGAGGGCAACGUGGGUUUGACCAACGCCUGGAUGAUAGUACAAACUGAUUUUCGCUGCUGUGGAGUUACCAACCACACAGACUGGUUUGAAGUCUACAAUGCCACUCGUGUGCCGGACUCCUGCUGCCUGGAGUACAGCGACAACUGUGGCCUGGACAACCCAGGAACAUGGUGGACAGCGCCAUGCUACGAGCGAGUGAAGGACUGGCUUAAUGAGAACCUGGUGGCACUUUGGAUCUUCGCUCUAUGCACAGCACUUACUCAGAUCCUGGGCCUGGUCUUCUCUAUGACGAUGUUCUGUCAGGCUGUGAAAGUAGAAACCUUCUACGCCUAGCGAUCGACCUCUCUGCCCUUCAGCGCACUUGGAUUGUUUCUCAUCAGAGAGGAGCCGAUAUUUACCCUCCCUCCCUCCCUCCCUCCUCCUCCUCCUCCUCGUCCUCCUCCUCCUCCUUCUCCCAUGACAGACUCUUCUUUCCAACACUUGUCCUCUCUGUGACAUUCCUUAUUGGAUGUCAACAGUUCACAGUUUUUUCUGCUAACUAUCAACAAGCACAGUGUCGGUGUAAAACCUGAGUUGUUUCCUAUGGUUUGCUGUGUGUCAAAUGCUAAUUUCUGUGAUACAUUUUAUGAAGCAGUAUUAUGAACAUGUAUAAAAAAGUGUAACCCCUUUUUUUAAUAUGUGUUUGUUUUAAAUUAUUUUAUGGUUUCUAUGUGUUUUAAAAAUGAGAGCUAAAAGUUGGGAAAGUGCAUGUCUUCUGCGAUGGUGUGUAUUAAAUGUUUUGGCUCGACUAAA